AGAAGCAUCAGAUGACACGAGACUCAGCCUCUUCUGUUUGUGCCCAAGCAGUGAACGGCAGGAGUGGAUAGAACCCGCAGCGGAGCCGGUGCGGCCUGAGAGAAACUUGACGCUCUGACUCCACAGUCUGAGGCAUGGAAUGAAAGCCACAGACAGAAAAUGACAGCCCAGCCUCUAAAAGCAGCUCUUCCUUUGCUCUUCGUUGCCCUGUCCGGAGUCCUGGGGACACCAAUAAUCUCAUGCAUAAACGAAGAUGGUAAAGCCGUGGACUGGUUUGCCUUUUAUAAGUUACCCAGAAGGACCAGCAGAGGAGGUACAGGGAUGGGGCUGGAUUACCUGUACCUGGACUCCACAAUGAGAACCUGGAGCAAGAGCUACCACCUGAUUAACAGCAGCAGGAGCUCCCUGGGAAGGACCCUGGAGCAGCUGUAUGAAGCACACAAGGCCAAGAAUGACACAGCCUAUCUGAUAUACAAUGACGCUGUCCCUGCAUCUGUGAAUUACAGCGGAAAUUACGGGCAUGCCAAAGGUCUGCUGGUAUGGAACAGAGUGCAGGGGUUCUGGCUGAUUCAUUCUAUUCCCAAGUUUCCCCCAGUUCCGGAAAAAGGCUAUGAAUACCCAAGCUCGGGGAGGCAAUAUGCACAAAGUGGCCUCUGCAUCACUCUCAAAUACAGCCAGUAUGAGACAAUAGAUUCUCAGCUCUUGAUCUUCCAGCCAAACAUCUACAGCUGUUUCAUCCCAAACAUCUUUCGCUGGGAACUCAUCCACAUGCCUCAGAUGUGUGCCAAGUCCAGUGCCUCAAAGAUCCCUAGCCGGCGCCUCACUAUACUUCAGUCAGCCCAGGGUCUGAACUUCCUCCAUUUUGCGAAAUCAACUUUUUAUACUGAUGACAUCUUUGCAGCCUGGAUAGCUCAAAAGCUGAAGGUGCAUUUGCUGGUAGAAUCCUGGCAGCGAAAGAACCACGAGCUUCCUUCAAACUGUUCCCUGCCUUACCAUGUCUACAACAUCAAGGCCAUUCGGGGACCUCUCCAGUCCGACUUCCCUUCUCAUCACGACCAUUCCAAAUGGUGUGUUUCCACAAAGGACUCUCAGGCUCGCUGGACCUGUAUUGGAGACCUAAAUCGGAGCCCACAUCAAGCCUUGAGAAGUGGAGGAUUCAUCUGUACGAAGAAUCGGUACAUUUACCAGUCAUUUGAUAGAUUAGUUUCCCAUUAUGCCUCCUGUAACUAAGCUUGGGGGAAAGGUCACACCCACUGCCCUUAAAGACACUGGCUCUAGGACAUCUUGCCUUGGAUCUAUUCUCCAUAUGUUAAAGGUUUCUGAGUGUCCUAACAUCUCAUCCAAUAAAAAACUAUGAGUCCACAUUUACCAUUCUGCGUUCACAUCAGGAGAAAUCUGAGUCAUUUGUAUUUAUCAAAUUAGAAAUCCAAAUCAUGGGAUGUAAACAGCAUGGGGGAAAUAGAAUAAAAUAUUUUCUUCCA